AGUGAAUUGUAAGCGCAGUGUUCGAUGGUCUGCUAGAAAGUGGUAGAUUGUGUUGGUAAUGUCUCAUAAAAAUACGGAUUUUGUGAUAGUGAAAUUUGAUUAUGAGGCAUCAGAUAGUCAUGAGCUUGGAAUUCAAAAAGGUGAAAAAUUAACACUUAUCGAUGAUAGCCAACAUUGGUGGAAGGUGAUGAAUUCCUUUGGAAAGACUGGCUAUGUCCCUAGCAAUUAUGUCAAGCGUUCAAAACAAGGUAUAUUUUCAAGUUUGCGAAAUACUCUGGGACGCCGGAAAAAUCGUCAGGAAGGUACAAGCACUAGACAGUCCAAUCCUUCUUCACCUACCCCGGAUGGGAGUAAUGGCUUUUCAGCUUUUGAUUUACGACACGAAAGUGCAGAGUCCCUUGGAGCUAAAGUUGUCAGCACAUCUGCGUCUACAAGCAUUUUAAUUCCUCCAAGUCAAGCAUUUGCGGAUAUGAGACUUCAGGAAGGAAUCUCUGACAGCUUUUCUAUCCCCUUAAAUAAUCAGAUAUCCGUUCAACACGCGAAAAGAUUUCAAGAUGCAAAUAAAACGGUUGAUAGUGAAUCAGUUAACUGGCUGUCGAAAUCUGAUGCAAGACAAGCUUACCCCCAGCAUUCCAUACCAAAUUUUCAAAAUGGACAUGGCGCUGUAAAUGUUUCCUUAUCACUGUUCCAGCAAACUACUAAUAUUAUGACAGGAACUUUAAAUAAUACGUCCUAUUUUGGCACUGGAACUGGUUUAGGUCGUCAAAUAUGUCAAGCACGUUUCAAUUACCCUGCUUGUCAACCAGAUGAAUUGUCAAUUGAAAGAGGCGAUAAAAUUCGUGUUUUGGAAAAAAGUUCAGAUGGUUGGUGGCGUGGUAUUCUAAUUACCGAAGGUAAACCACAGCGAAUGGGAUGGUUUCCAUCAAAUUAUGUCACAUUGGAUUUAUCAAAAAAUCUGAAUAGAUCUGGAAGUAGUUCACAACCCAGUAUAUUAAAUUCAAGUACACUUAAUCGGGAUGCAAAUGAUUUGUCUGUACCAAACAUUUCAAAUACUCAAGAUCAAAUUCCUACUCAAUACUUAGCUUAUCAAUAUUAUGAACAACAACAUUCUCUGAAUCCUGGUUCUAUUACAGAAAACCAACAACAAGUACAUCAACAACCGCAAUUACUAGUACGUAAUAACGACCCACCUAGUCAUGAAGGUCAGCAACAGCAACAUGAAACUGUUGUAACUCUUUACCCAUUUGUACGUAGUCAUGUAGCAGAGCUGUCUUUUGGUGAAAACGAGGUCUUGGAAGUACUUAACAAACCUCCUGAUGAUCCAGCUUGGUGGCAUUGUCGUAAUACUCGUGGUGAAAGUGGUCUGGUACCACAUAAUUAUGUUACUGCUUUCACAACACCAGCAAUUGCAACUACAACACUAAGCAAAUCAUUCGGUUCAAAUCACAAGCCAUUAUCUUGUCAGUCUACAAAUUUUGGCCAUUCUAUUCGAAGUAACCAGGUGUCUGCGACUAAUUCAAGUUAUACAGUAACAAAUAAGUCACAGCCUACUGAUGGAGAAACAUUGAGGCUAAGUUAUGCUACACAGUCUAGUACAGGUUGCUUACAUAUAAAUCGACCAUGGUUCUGGGGUAUUAUUUCACGCGCUGAAUGUGAAGAGAUGUUAGGUAAACAUUCUUUACCUGGUGAAUUCAUCGUUCGCGAUAGUGAAUCACAUCCUGGGGAUUUGACUAUAACUAUCAAUGCAGGCAAUAAAACAAGAAAUUUCAAAGUACAUGUUGAGAAAGGACAAUAUCACAUUGGUCAGAAAGUAUUCAAUUGUAUUGAUGAUCUCAUCGAGCAUUAUGGUAGUCAUCCAAUAUUUAAAAACGAACAUGAGAAACAUUAUCUUACGCAACCUUUUGUUCAUCCUGGUGUUAAAUCAGUGGUCCCUUACGAAAGUAAUAAUAAUAGUAUUAGUUUUAGUAAUAUUACGUCCACUACUCCAACUAAAAGUAUUAACACUGUAUCGUCAGUAUCAUCGACGUGUUUUCUUCCAGUUUGUGGUAGUAGUGGGAACACCCCAACCUAUCAUCAGUCUAUUACUGCUUCACACGGUCGUUAUUCUUAAACUUUCUACUUUUGUUUCGAGAAAAAGUUUGUUUUCUGCAAUAAUUCUGAUUUUUCUUGUUUUGUUUUUACUACUCACCACCAAUGUAAUUGCUCUGCUUACGAUUAAUUUAAUUUAUUGUUUAUUUAGAAUGGAAUUGUUGUUAGAUAAAAAUGAAAUCGUUGUCAAGCGUAUAUAACGUUAUCUUUCAGAUUGAGUGGUUUUCAACUGAUUAUUUGAUUACAUUAGGAGUUGGAGUAUAAUCGCUUCUCUGUUAUCAUGCAUACACACCCACACUUCAUGUUUCCCUAUUUAACUCAGAAACACUUCAGUAUUGUCUCUCACCGGUGCUGUCAUGCUAUAUAUAUCCUGGGGAUUUUUAUUAUCGAAAACCUACUACAUGUUUAUUGCAUGUAAUUACUUCUAACACAUCAACUUGUGUUGACACAUAUUUUCUACUCAGUUUUUUCACUUCUGCUAAUUAACUUUGGGAUAUUAAUAGAUUUUACUUUCAUAAAUCAAAGCAUUAUCAUACUCUACAUUUUGCCACGACCUUCGUCCAUAAUUCCUCUAAAUUUAAUCUUUGGUAGUAACUCUGAGGUUUGUGACUGUUGUUCACAGUGUUCAUACCAAUCCAAUUAGCAUUAUUACUCAACAGCAUCACUAGUAGUUAUAAAACUUUGAGGUUUAUAAUAGAAAUCAGGUGUUCAUAACCAGAAAAUUGUCAUCCUUUGUAAAGAUAUUAUCAUUUUAUGUCAUAAUUUUUAUCUAGUUGUAAGUCUGCUAGAAAAUUAAACUUGUGUGCGUGUGUUAGUUCUUCAGUUUUAGUGGGUUUUCACAUUCUAUGCAAUUCAUUCACAGUCUUUGUUCAUUUUUUUUUAGAAACAAAAACAAAAUUAAUUGUCUUGAUUUUCCUUUCUGAUUUAGUUUUUACGUAAUUUUUACUUGAGUUAUAUUCUUUCUUAUCUUCACUACCUGAUCAUGAAUACAUCUCUAUGUACACAUAGAAAGACCUGUAUUGAAGAGCCGUUUAACACCGCUGAAAUUUCAACACGCCUAGUUAUGAUAAAGUUACUGUAGUUGUAUGCCUUCGUUCUCCAUUGAUCCUCCAUUUUCUUUUUUUUUGUUUUUUGUACCUCUACUUCUGCUGUUUUAUUAAUUUUGCUUUUUGUUCGAUGUCGAAAAUAAAACAAUGGAAUGUGUUAAAUGGAUUAUUAUCAUCAUUGCUGAAUAAUUUAUAUUCUAAUGCUUGAAAGUUCUCCUUAUUGCGUUCUUUGUAUAGUCUAUUUUUUGUGUAAUGAAUAAUGAUAAUGGCUCUUAUAUUGAAAUUUUGUCAGUUUCUGCUCAUUAAUUUUUUUCUCUAUUGUUCUUUCUUUUUAUACACGUGGUUUGGGGUUUGAACAUAGGGCCUACAGAUGAACAAUUUUAGUAACGAUUUAAGUUACUAUUAUAACAGGUUAACAAAAUCUCCCCCAAUAGACUGCGGGUAUUUAGCUAAAAAUGAAUUAUUACUUAUAUGGUUUCAAUGUGUUCUGUUAAAUUUUAAUAUGAUUUAAACUGGAGCAAAUAUUCGAUGGUUCUGGUUGACUGCUCUUGAUUUUUCCUGUGGAUUCGUCUAUAGUGCACACUUUUAUGCCAUCUUCAGUAUUAUAUUAAACUCAGGAAAAUCACAUUCAACGGUCGCAAUAUGGAAUCAAUGUGAUUGAGUUUCUAGUGGAUAAUAUUUUUCAACUUUCUCGUUGUAGUUAACUUAUAAUGUAGUUCGACUUGUUUGUUUUACUGGAACUGUUUCAACAUUAGUUUUGUGUUUUUUUUACUGUUAACAUCUAACUAAUGAGUUGGUAAUGAGAUUGUUGAUGCAACUAAAUUAAUUACAUGUCUAUUAGAAAUUGGAUUAAUAUUUAUCUUUUUAUCUUUCUUAAUUACGUGAACCAAUUUAAAAGCGAUUUUUGUAUUAAAUUCAUUGCAGUGUUGAGUUCUCAUUCAGGGGUCUAUAGAUCCAGUUUUCGCUUAUCGGUUGAUAGGGUGAUGGGAUUUUAGUAAAAGAUAACGUUAAUACAGUUGAACUGUUCAUCAGUUUAUUCUACCGAAAUUCUGAAGUGUCUGUUCUUAUGAAUUAUCAACGGCGUGUCUUUGUCAAUAGUUAUGUCGCUGACUGUUUCUAAUUUUAGGUCAGUUUAUUUGGUAAAACUAAAUAGCUACCGACUGUUACCUCACACUGACGCACUCAGUAUCUGUUGUGUUUUCUAUCCAGUCAACUUCGUUGGUAGUCGUUACGUGGACAAUUUAUAAAACUAGUUUUGUUUGUUGGGCUGUGUGUGGCAACUAGGCACUACCUGGUAUCGAGCAAUCUUCGGUUCUGGGUUUCUGAUGUUAAAACCAUUAUCGAUAUGGUAGGCUGCUUAUUGUCUACAAUUACAUUGUAACUAGUUUAUUUGAUAUUAAAUGUUUUCCCUGGUUUGUUCAUUCAUUAGAGAGUUCGAUAUGAAAUUUUAGAAAUGAAAGUUUAAUCGACAAAAUUCAUUUGGGUCGGAUCGACGGCACAUACCUAGAUUUUGGAAAAUAGAGUACUGGUUUCUCUUCAUAAAUAUUAUUCCAGUUUUUUCUGUGCCCUCUCAAGGUUUAAUAUCCAUGUGUGAUAAAUAAUUGUUUCAAGUUGAACCCUCCAAAACAUUUCUUAUCGAAUUAUGAACAUUUUCGGGUUGUAAAGACGGAUUAAAAUUCUUUCUAUUGCAC